AGUAGAGCUCGAAAAUCGAAAACCAUUACAAAGACGUUCUUCUUAUUGUUAAGUUAAUCCAUUUUUUGCCCAUAGGUGCGCAAGUCUGGAAUAGCGCGGUUCCACAAAAAUUCUGCAUACCUUAUGACGAUUAUAUGGAACUGCCGUACGAAGUGCUAGUUUAUUAUCAUGAGCGAAGCCCAGCAAGAACCGCACAUUGCCACACCAUGGAGUCGUUUAGUGAAUCAGUUGCGGUCACGACUGCACAGCAGAAUCCAUGGCACCAAGUGUACUCCCAAAGUGGCUCGCGAUAUUCUCUACCGAAUACUGCCCAUCACCGACUGGCUUUUCCAUUAUAACAUCAAGAAAUGCUUGGUCGGAGAUCUGAUAUCUGGGUUUACUGUCGGCAUCUUAAAUAUUCCACAAGGAAUGGCGUAUGGAGUUCUCGCUGGCACGGAGUCGAUAUACGGAUUAUAUACUUCCUUUUUUCCGGUGCUCAUCUAUUCGCUCAUAUGCACGUCUCAGCAUGCAUCCGUAGGAACUUUUGCGGUGACCAGCCUUAUGACCGGUGGAAUUGUCCACUCAGUUGGACGAGAAUUAUAUGCGUCACGCAGUAACGUCAGUACACCAGGACAGGCUCAUACGAAUUCUUCACAGUCAUCACCAAACGAUUUGGUCCCUAUGGAAAUUCGAGUGGAAGUCAUGAUGGCGAUAACGUUAGCUACAGGAAUAUGGGAGAUUUUGUUCGGAAUUUUCCGAUUUGGUCAUCUAGCGGUCUUCCUUUCUGAUCAUCUUGUAAAAGGAUUUACAUGUGCGGCAGCUUUUCACGUCUUUACCAGUCAAGUGAAAUUAGUUUUUGGGAUGCGCGGAUUGAAUGAACGCUAUGGACCCUUGAAGCUGAUUUACUUUUACUAUGACUUCUUCGCUCAAAUCACCACCGUCCAUAUUCCGACGCUGAUAGUUUCCAUAAUCUGCAUCACCAUACUGUAUUUGGUCCGGACGUUCAUUAAUCAGAAUCCUCGUAUCAUGAAGAUCAUAAAAAUCCCACUUCCUAUUGAACUGAUAGUGAUAAUUUUUGCAACACUGGCUUCGCAUUAUUUGGACUUAUCAUGUCGAUGGGGUGUGUCAACGGUCAGUCGCAUUCCCACCGGGCUGCCGGCACCGCAAGUUCCAUCCUACAAGAUUAUACCGGAAAUACUGGGCCGUAGCUUCAGCCUGGCCAUUGUUGCCUCGGCCAUUCUCAUCUCGUUGACGAAGAUCUUCUCUAGUAAACACCAUUACAAGGUCGACGCCAACCAGGAGUUAAUUGCACUCGGCGCGGCCAACGUGUUCGGUGCAUUCUUCUGGAGCAUCCCCGCGACGGGAGCGCUUGCGCGUAGUGCAGUUCAAGAAUCCGUAGGUGGAUCCACUCAGGUGGUGAGCUACGUGUCAGCUGUAAUCGUAUUAAUUGUCCUGGUGGCUCUUGGAAAAUACCUCGAGCCACUGCCUCGUGCCGUUCUGGGCUCUGUGAUUAUGGUGGCAUUAAUUGGGAUGCUCAAGCAAGUGACAGAUGUUGUGCGACUAUGGAAAAUCUCCCUGAUUGAUGCGUCAAUUUUUAUCGUGACCUUUCUGGGAACUCUGCUGUUAGAUGUGGAUUUGGGUCUGGCCAUUGGGGUUCUGUAUUCACUAUUGACCUUCGCCUUCCGUAUGCAAUACGGGAAAGUUGCCUGGCUGGGUCGUGUUCGCGGAACAAAAGAUGACAUACAACCGGUCAAGUCAGAAUUUUACGCAAAGAACUACGUGGACGAAAUGCCGGGUGUUAAGAUCGUCCGUCUGUAUGGACCAUUGUACAGCGGAAACGCCGAGCGCUUCGUCAAGAAGAUCAAACGGGAAAUUGCAGCCGAGACAGUGGAGCCGGCCACCACACCGGAACCCGUCGACACUCUACAUCGGCGCAAUACUGCCGGCGACGGUGAGCAUUACGCCGACGCCGUGGAACUACAAGAGCUGUCGGAAGGGGGCAACGUGCACACAAUCCGUCUCGAUGGGACAGUGAACGCCGCCCAGACCAGCUUGUUGUCCGAUCACGAACGCCAUCCCUAUCCACUGCGGGCCAUCAUCAUCGACUGCAGUGCCAUUAGCUUCGUUGACGUCAUGGGUGCGGAGCAGAUGAAACAGCUGGCCGCGGAAUGCGGAAAAAAGGGACUGCAGCUCAUGUUUGCAGCAUGCACGGAUAGCGUCAGAGAUGUGCUGAUCUUGUCCGGAAUUUCAACCUUGGAUCCGGCGCCGUUCUUCGUCCGCAGUGUCCUUGAAGCGCUCCACAACAUACCGAUGGGUUAACUUCCGACUAAAUUUGCUCAGGGUUGACUAUUUUUAUUUCGUCAAAUAUCUUGCGCUCAGCAUGCCAGUUUCACAAAUCAAACACAGAUGCUUUUAUUAACCUUGUGAUUUUUGCAUCCAGAUCCACACUACAGAGUAGACCUAGGUGGAUUUGUGGUUUUUAUUUGUUUACAAAAACUUCUGGACAGAGCUUUAUUAGUUGUAGAAGUAUAUCCUACGUAGAAAGUUUCCGUACGUUUUUGACCUCAUGUAAAACUGCAAAAACCGAACCAAUAAA